CACUGGGUUAAUUUGGUGGAAAAGUACUCAUGCCCUUUUAACUCUAACUUCCGAGGUUCGGGAAAAAUGGUGUGCCCAGUUGAUGGGCAUACGUCAAAGGAUGGAUGUUAGCGGGAAGAGUGUAUGUGGUCGGCUCGACAGGCCAACUGUUUUCUUUUGUAUAAAGAUCUGCAGUACCCCCUACCCUGCUGUCCCUUAAUUCAAGAAAUACAGAUCUUUCGCCCACAGAGCUGAGCUGGUUUUUUAAAUUAAUAACUUAACUACACUCCAUGGCGAGAAAGAGUUAUCCCUCUGUGCUCUUUGUAGCCUCAGAGAAAGGGAGGAUGUGAUCCAUUUCUUGGGUGUAUGUCCCAUCCUCUCAGAAUUUAGAUAUCCCUAUACAGGUCACAGCAGGCUCAGCAGAACCCGGAUAAUUGAAUUCCUUAAUGGCAGGAACAGUCUGCAGUUGAUCAGAUUCGCACGACAGGCUUGGUCGUAUCGUCAUGAUCUAAUUGUGGAAUUCAAUUAUGAUCAAUGUCCUUGUCCUUUUUAAAUUAGUAUCAUUGUAUUAUUAUUAUUUUUUUUUUAUUUAUAUAUAUAUUUUUUAUGGUUGUGGCUUCAACCUCUGGCAGAUGGUUUUUAUCCAUACCGUUAUUUUAUGUAAUGGCAUAUAUUUUUUUUUUUUUUUUGUAAACAUUUUGUAUUAAUAAAGCAUUAUUAUUAUAUAAUGUAAGAUAUAUUUGGGAUUUCUAGAAGAGGGGUUGGAAGAAGAAGGUCGUCAUCAAACACGCCUCCGAGCACACCGGGGAGGCUGCUUCCUGCGACGCCGUCCCCGUCGAGGCACCCUCACCUCCUUUCGAGAUCGCCCAGCUCGCUCAGCUCAUCGCCGUCGAGGAGAACGCGCUCCGGGCCGCCGACGUUCGGCUCUGCGCCACCUUCGCGUUCCGUCUCGCGCAGCGACCUCCUCGCCGCAGUGCCCAUCUCGGCCCCGACCAGCCCGAGAGGUUCGCCGGCUCACUCGAUGAGGAAACAGCUAUAACGGUUGCUUCCAAUCCUCCCCGGCACGGCCGACAAGGGGGAUUGGGUAUAAACGAAAAAACCUAUCUUCGACACGUGUGCUGUAUAUAAAUGUACAUUUAUACUUUUUUAAAUACGCAGCUGAAGCGCUUCCCCCCCUGUU